GCCAUUUUGGAGCAGGGCGCGGGGCCGGACGCACGGAGGGAGCGCGGAGCCCCCUCCUUGCCACCAUGGCAACCCCGCUCGGUACUGGCGCCUUCACGGAGGAGACCGGGCAGGAGAAACAGGACACUCAGGAGAAGGACAAAGCCAUCCCCCCCGAGAGGGCAGAGGAGGCCAAGCUCAAGGCCAAAUACCCCAACCUGGGCCAGAAGCCUGGAGGCUCUGAUUUCCUCAUGAAGAGGCUGCAGAAAGGGCAAAAAUACUUUGAUUCUGGUGACUACAACAUGGCCAAGGCGAAGAUGAAGAACAAGCAGCUGCCAAGUGCAGGGCCUGACAAGAACCUGGUGACAGGAGACCACAUCCCCACGCCCCAGGACCUGCCACAGAGAAAGUCUUCACUUGUCACCAGCAAGCUGGCGGGGUAGCCUGCACUCUCAGCUGGUGGCUGCCCUCUUUUUGUCUCUUUUUCUUUUGGCUAAAUGGAUUGAACUUCACUGUACCAUAGGGAUGGGAGCACCAGAAUCCACGUAGUUGUUUGAGUCUUUCCAGCAAACACCCCAAACCCAAGCGGGGGCAGGGUUGGGUUGGCCCUUCCUCUCAGCGAGGCUUUGCCUUAAUUUUCCUGCUGUUUGAAACCAUCCCUGGAACGUUCCCUCCUCACUGGGAGAGCCCUGUGAGGAGCAGGAGGGUGCUCAGGGGAGGCACCUGGAGGAGGGGAAAGUGUGGGGCUGAGGUGUGGGAAGGGAUUGACCCAGCUGGGCAGGAGGUGUGAUCCCAGGUCUGAAGGCAUAGUCUGGUGUGUGUGUUAGAGCUUCAAAGUGAAGAAAUUGGCUGAGAUAAAAAAAAUUCCAGGGUAGGAUUGUUGGGCUGAGCUGCCUGGCAUCUGCCCCUGGCUCAGCUCACAGGGGACAACAUGUCCAGUGGGUGUGGGAGAGGGGUUGGGCAGUGUUUGGAACAUCCUUGUGGCUGGUUUGGGGGUAGGGCCCCAGCAGAGCUGCCCCUGAGCUGGCUUGGUUGGAUGGGCUUGACUGAAUUUGGCCAGAGGGGUCGGCCAGAGGCUCAGCUGCCUCAUGGCCAGGGGACAGUUUCUGUGUCCCUGGGCAGUUCUGCUCAGCGAGGCUGUGGCUGCCCGAGGGUGAGGAGGGGACAGCUCUUCUCUCCCACCACCAGGGAGGUGGGAUCUGAGUGCAGGGGCUCAGGACACAGCAGAGCCCUGCAGCCCCAGCCUGGUCCCAGACUUGGGUGGUCACAAAGCAGCACCAGGGAGAGGGAUCUGUGCUGCUGGAGCUGAUAAUGGAGGGAGAGAGGCAGGACUGGGAGUAACCACCCAGAAAGGGAUAAAAAGCACCAGAGUAGAAUUUGAAGGGUGUUGAGGCAAACCUGUGUUUUGAAAGUGUUGGGCAUCCCAAGCUUGGAUUUUUUUUUUAUUUCUCUUGUUUUUUCCCUACUUUUGUGUUUUCUUUGUCUCAAGCCUGGGAAAAAAAAAUAACAAAACCCCCAAACUAACACCAACAUCACAACAAAAAGCCCCAAACCUAACAAGCUGUAGCCCUGCAGAACCACAUAUGCUGGGGGUGGCACUGUCCCUUCCUUGUGCCCUGGAUCCCAGUGGCCUUUUCCAUGCAGUGUGGACACACCUGUGCCAGGGCAUCCCGAAACCUGCCCCAGUUUCAGCCCCAUUCUGGAAGCACAAGGGCCAAAGGAAGGGAGGCAGGAGUGAAGGAGGCCCGUGCUGGGCUUUCCUUCUGUGUGUUCCUGCUCAUCUGGGUGUUCCCUGGGAACCUGUGUCACCUGUGUCACUUCCCUGGUGCUGGUUGGACCAAGGUGUUGCUUCCCAGGAGUGUUUGCCCAGGGUGUGCUGGAAUGUGGUUCCUGGAUUCUCCUGUGAGAAACAGGCUCUGGUGGCCCUGGGGCUGCUCCUGGCCACUCUCUGGGGAAGGGGCAAGGAAUGUGGUGGAAUUGGGAGCUGCCCCUUGUCCCCACAGGGUCCUGCUCUGGGCUCCAGCACUUUUCCAGCCCCUGUGUGACCUGGCUGGGGCAGUGGCUGCACAUCCUCCUUGGGUGUCCUGCUGUCUGACCCAGCCAUGUUGUAAAUAGAUACAAAUAUAUAAAAAUAUAUAUAAUUUUUAUAUGUUCACCUCU